AUGGGACCGUCGGGUGCGGGAAAGACAACACUAUUAAAGUGUUUAAACGGACAAAAUAAUAGGGGUUUAAGCGAUGGGUCAAUGAUUUACUCGAUUAAUAACCGCAACAUUAGGUCAUGUUUUAUUAAAUCUAAUGUUUGGGAACACCUGUUGUCGGGACUGACUGUACGACAGACACUGUUAUACGCGUCGCGACUCAAGAACUCGCGGAUAACGAGUCAAUUAAAUCACAUUAAAAUUGUUUGUGAUUUGAUGUCAGAACUGGUGAUCAGCGAUACGGCAGACAAUAGGGUCGAGACGUGUAGUGGAGGCGAACAAAAACGUAUAGUAAUUGCCUGUGAAUUGACUUCUCAUUUAAAGCCUAAUAUGUUAUGUAUUGACGAACCGACGAGUGGUUUGGACAGCAAUGCCGCCGAAGUGAUAAUAAAUUGUCUCAAAGUGUUGUCCCGAAGACAUGGGAUGACAAUCAUUGCGUCCAUACAUCAGCCAAACAAUGAUAUAUUGCAUAUGUUUGAUACGGUCUAUGUGUUGGCCAACGGAGGGGUUUGUCUGUAUUCAGGAGUUCCCCACUAUUUGAGACAACAUUUCAAAGACAACGGCAUUGAAUGCAAUGAAAAUCAAGUGCCGAUUGAAGUGUUGCUAACAAUAGCCUCAAAAGACAAAUCAAAUACAACUAUAUUUAACAAUAAACAUGAAAAUGACGUAAAUUGCGAGUCCAUAACACAGACAAACCUACGGCCAGUGUUUGGUUCGCUGAGUAUAUCAAAGAGAUUUAGUUUUGUGGACAUGUAUUACCUUUUGUGCCGAUCGCUGACCCAUACAUUCCGGUGCCAAUGGGUGUCACUAUUACUGCAAUUUAUAUGCUUUCAAAUGUUGGCUAUUGUAAUGAAAUACUGUUUCACUCCCGACAUAAUACUGCCCGACGGGUGCGUUGAGCUCGAGUUCGGGGCCGAGUGUUACCAAACGGAGGCCGAGAUUAUGAAUGAAAAAUUGAUCAAGCUCAAUAUUAAAUAUAAUACAUGUUUACUACUGUCGGUAGCGUUUGUUGUGCUGAUCGUAAUGUCGGUCACUUUUGGGGCUGAUUUUCGUGUAUUCCGUAGUCAACAGCAAAAUGGUUGGUACAGCACAGGCACAUACCUUUGGUGCCGUACAAUCGUAGACCUGAUACCAGUGCUGAUGGCUUUACCCCUAUUUUGUUGGCUCACAAAUCUAUACAAUAGAAUCACUUUCUAUGUGUUUACGUUUGCACUCAAUUUACUGGUCAUUAUGUGUACCCAAAGUGUGUCCCAAUUAUCGGCCCUAUUGUUUAUGAACGAGCCUAAAGUGACCCUAAUAUUCGCCAUAUUGAUCCAGGUGGUGACCGUAUUUUUGGGCAACAGUUUGAUCCCGGUCAAAGAGCUACACUACACCCUACAAGCGCUCAGUCACCUAUCGUACAGUCGACUAUCGUUUGAAUGUUUUGUUAUCAUGAUAUACGGGUUAGACCGGUGUCAGGCGCCACAAAUCUCAACAGUGUUGUACGGCAUGGAAAUUGACGAUUAUAUAUUUUGGCCCAACAUG